GAUAAAAACAGCGUGCAUCGCGUGAAUAACCCAUACUAUCCCUUUAGUGGAUGGAAAGACUGGGAAGUCGCAUCUUGGCUGCUGCGUUCAGGCUUAAGCAUGGGGAAAAUUGACUCCUUCUUGUCGCUAGAGAUGGUUAGUAUUUCUUUGUCUCGCCGAGCAGAACAGUUGCCGAGCGGUCCACGAUGGAUGUCCAAAGUUAUAGAAACAUCUCAUCCCACAAAAUCCCCUGUGAUUCUGUACUGGUGGGAUCCUGUAGAGUGCAUUGCCAGCAUUCUGAACGAUCCUUCCUUUCAAGAUCAUUUCAAUUUCACUCCUCAAAAGAUUUAUUCUACUGCGGAGCGAAUUGGUGCUACACUCCUUGGAACUAUAUUGUCUUCCGAUAAGACAAACAUUUCCGCUCUGACCGUCGAUAGAGUCGCUCACCCUCUCCUGAUUAGUCUUGCAAAUAUAUCCAUGAAGACUCGUGCAAAAAUGUCAUCUGACUCCUUUCUCCUUACCGCCCUCCUUCCGGUCCCAAAGUAUAUUCACAAGAAGAAAUGCAUGCGAGGCGUACUAGAGGACCGUCUCAUGCAUGAGUGUCUAGACAUCGUUUCUGAACCGCUCAAGCAAGCUGCUUGUGUUGGAGUCAUGAUGUCAGAUCCUGUGGGUAAUAGCCGGCCUUGCUACACUGGGCUCGCAAGUUAUAUCACUGAUACACCAGAAGCCAUGAUGUUAUCCACUGUUGGGGGGAAGACAUUGCCAUUGACCAUGGCAAUGUUUAAACAGUUUGGGGACCCUUUUCGACACGAACCCCACACGAAGUCCACAACUCUCGCACAGCUCAAAGUCGUUCAUACACGUGCUGACCCCCUUGAUCUUGAAGCACUUUUCCACGAAGCACAGAAAUUCUGGUUGAAUGGUGUGGCUAUGCCAUUCUGGCGUGAUUGGAUUCUAGCUGAACCAUUGCAUUUUCUCACUCCAGAAAUGCUGCACCACAUCCACCGGCAGUUUUAUGAUCACGACGCGAGAUGGCUCAUCAAUGCUGUUGGGGAAUCUGAGAUUGAUUUCCAUUUCUCCAUCCUACCUCACAUCACUGGAUUCCGACAUUUCCAUGAGGGCAUAUCGAAGUUAAAGCAGGUCACUGGCCGGUGUCAACGUGACAUCCAACGCAGUAUCAUUGCGGUCAGCGCUGACGCUGCACCUCCAGCUGUCCUUACUGCUAUACGUGCUCUCAUGGAUUUCCAAUAUCUUGUCCAAGCUAGCCGCAUCGACAGCGAUGGUCUUAAGCGUAUUUCUGCUGCGCUAGCUGAAUUCCAUGCCAACAAAGACGCCAUCAUUGCUGCUGGUAUUCAAUGUGGGGAGGGUAAAAAAGUCAUUACCAAUUGGCAUAUCCCCAAACUCGAGUUCAUGCAGAGCAUCGUCCCAAGUAUCUGCAAUACCGGCGUCCCCAUGCAGUGGACUGCAGAUGCAACAAAACAUGCUCACAUCACCGCCGUCAAAGAUCCAGCACGGUCCAGUAACAACAACAAUUAUAAUCCACAAAUCUGCCGUCAUCUUGAUCGUGAGGAGAAGUGUCGUCGCACUUUUCAUCCAUUUCCCGCUAUG